UGGUAUGGUCCAAUAUGAACACCCCUGCUUUGAGAGCUGACAUGGAAGUGGCCUGUGUUGCAGGGAUUGCUGGGAAGAAGAAGUACAGUCGGAUUGGGAAUUUGGAGAGGGAGGUAGCUCUCUGAAAAGGAACUCUGAGAGGAACUACCUGAGAAGUAUCCUGAGUGUAUCAGUGAGUGGAGGCCUGUGUGUACACGCCCCGGAGAAGACUGCAACGCCAUUGUUUCUUCCUUUGUUGAAAUUGCUGAUAUGGCUGACACUGAAAUCCUAGAGGAUCGCGACAAGCUGAAGAGAGGCCUGGUGAAAGUCCUGGAGUGUGUGGCUACCAUCUCGUCUGCAGCCGCUGUGGUGAACCCCAUCUUCGGCGUGGCGGGCUCUCUGAUCCGCGUGGUCCUGCACCAAAUAGACGACGAAGAGAUCCAGACGCUGAAGCGAGAAUUCGGCAGCGUGAACCGUGCCCUGAACGAGAUCUCCCGCCAGAACCUCAGCACUCUGGAGCAGAUUAGGAAGGAGACGCUGGACGGCCAGUACAGUAUCGUGGAGGGAAACAUCCGCAACCAGUUCCGCAAGUUCAUGGAUAUCGUGGAGGCGCGGCCCGAGCACCAGCAGCGCAAAAAGGACGACUUCGAGGAGAGCUACGCCAACGACAUGGGCGACCAGAAUCUACACACGCUUUACGAGGGCGUGAUGGGCAAGCCCAAGCUCUUCAGCAGACCCAUCCUGGAGGUCUACAUGACCCACUCCCACGGAGACCGGCGCGUGAUGGAGCGCCUCUGCACCCGCCUCACCUACCUCUUCUGCAUUGGGCUGAUCGCGCUCAUGGGAUACGCCGCCAUCAUCGGGGAUGAUGAGGAGGGCCUGAGCGAGGAAUGGGCUGAGAAGAUGGAGAACGUGCAGGAGAGGAUGCAGGAGGUGCUGAGGAGGUGCAAGUGAUUUGCUCCUGCCUUUCUAAACACAGGACUCCUUAUGUAAUCCCAAUAUAUUCCCUAUAAUAAUGGUCACCAUCCUUCUACCCAUCCUUCUGGAGACCAACCUGGUGCAGAGUUUAGUUUCAAACAAACAUGUUUGACCAAACUGACUAAAUUAUUGACUGAAUAAUCCUAUUAUUGUUAGAGAUAUGAUUUGAUUUUGAUUGACAAGUUUGAUUCGUUUGAUUAAUUUUCCAAUCUGACUCUACUUCAGUUACAAUAACAGAUUAUGUCUGAUUUUUGAUUAUUUAGUUUUAGAAACAAAUAAAAAAUACAAAAGAAAUAAAAAUGCAUUCUGUACUAGGGCUGCAACUAAUGAUUAUUUUGGUAGUCGACUAAUCUGAUGAAUAUUGCGAUUAGUCGAUUAGUCAACGAUAUUUCUGACAUGUCCUCCAUCUCUAAAAAUGAUAGAAACAGCUGAACAUGAGAUUUAAAAGACGUUUAAAUACUUGGAGGUUGUUUAAGUAUGGAGAGUAUUGAUAUAUAGUGAGUAAAUCUGUAAUUAUUUACCCACCUCCCAUUGCGCAUCUGUCCCCAGCACUUUGUGUAAUGCAAUGCCAUAACAAAUUAACGAUUAGUCGACAAUGAAAUUUAAAGUAGACAAAUUUUAAUAAUCAACAUUGUCGAUUAUAUCGACUAAUCGCUGCAGCCCUAGUCUGUUCAUAGCCUUAAGGUCAGUUUCUGAGACAGGGAUUAAGCCAUAGACUAUAUUUUCAUCUCAAUGGAAAAUCUGUCUGGCCCUUAGUAAGUCUGCCUCUUAGUGUUUACAUAAAAAAAUGAUCCAAAGCUGUUACAUUAUUAUUAUUAUUAUUAUUAUUAUUAUUAUUAUAUAUUUGCUUUUGUUCAACAUAGACACAUCUAACAUAGAAGAAGAGUUUUACAUGAAUCAGUAUCAGAUAUAUUUUUAUAACCUAGCCUUAAUCAUUGGCCACUAGGGGUGGGCAAUAUGGCCUUAAAAUAAUAUCACAAUAUUUAUUUGUAUUUGUAUUAUUACUUUUAGCAAUAUGGCAAAACAUUAUGAUCCAGAUAUUAUCCAGGGUGUCAGGAUACUAAUAAUAAACUCCAAACAUCUCAAUAUAUCCAGAAUUAAAGUAAAAUAAAUGAUACUGGACAGAUAUAAUGGGAAAUUAUAUCUAUACUAGUAGAUAUAUAAUGGGAAAUGAGAACAGUGUAAAUUAUUUUUCUUUUGCUAAAAACAGUAAAAAAGUAGUAACCUGAUGUGAUAAUUGGGGGUGGGUGAUAUGGCACCAUAUUUCAGGAUAUAAUAUCAUAUUCACAAUAUUCAAAUAUGUUCCCGAUAUUAUUUCAUACGAUACGAUAUGCCACACCUCUAUUGGCCACUUUAGUAUGUUUGGUCAAACUAUUAUAACAUUUGGUUCUAGUCCUGGCCUACAUUUUAAAUGCAUUUUGAAUUAAGGUUUUUCCAUUGAAAAGAAAAUAUUAUUGAUUAGGCUUAAUCCUUCUCCAGAAUCGAAAUUAAAAUCGGCAUAUUACGGUUCAAAUCAGAGACUGUAAAAAAGAUGGACGCCG